GCGUCCCCUCAGCGACCCCCGGCCCGAUCCCGAUCCCGAUCCUAACCCCGCUCCUGGUCCCGGCCCGGCCCCCGGGGGCGGCCGGACCCCCCCCCUCCCCGCCCUGCGGAGCGGGGAGCGGCGCCGGGCAUGCGGGCGGUGGCAGCGGGCCGGGAGGUGGGAUGCUGUCGCGGAAGAAGACGAGGACGGAGCUCUCCAAGCCGGGCGAGGUGCAGGGGAAGUACGUGAAGAAGGAGACGAGCCCGCUGCUGCGGAAUCUGAUGCCUUCCUUUAUCCGCCACGGUCCGACCAUUCCAAGACGAACUGAUAUCUGCCCUCCCGACUCGGCAUCCUCUGCCUACACCCCCGGCGGCGAUGGAAUCGUUUCCAGGAACCAGAGCUUCCUCCGAACUCCGGUGCAGAGGCCGCCUCACGAGAUAAUGAGGCGAGAAAGCAACAGACUGUCCGCACCUUCCUACCUGGCCAGGAGUUUGGCUGAGGUGCCCAGGGAAUACGGCUCCUCCUCGCAGUCCUUCCUGGCAGAAGCCGCUCCCGGGCUGGAGAACGGCGAUGCCGGAGCCCGGGGCUAUUUCUACGAUCAUUUCUACGAUGCCCAGAGGAGACGUCAGCUGAACGACCGCCUGCACGAGGACUACAGGUAUUAUGAACACAACAGUGAUCUUUUCCAGAGGAUGUCCCAGAAUCAUGGGAGGCACACUUCAGGCAUCGGGAGAGUUGCUGCUACAUCUUUAGGAAACUUAACAAAUCAUAGUUCUGAAGAUUUACCUCUUCCUCCUGGCUGGUCAGUGGACUGGACUAUCCGAGGAAGGAAAUAUUACAUCGAUCACAACACCAACACAACCCACUGGAGCCACCCCCUGGAGCGGGAGGGGCUCCCGCCGGGCUGGGAGCGCGUCGAGUCCGCGGAAUUCGGGGUUUACUACGUGGAUCACAUCAACAAAAGGGCUCAGUACAAACACCCCUGUGCUCCCAGCGUUCCCCGUUACGAUCAGCCGCCCCCCGUGUCGUACCAGCCGCAGCCCCCGGAGAGGAGCCAAGCCCUGCUGGUCCCUGCCAACCCCUACCACAGCGCCGAGAUCCCAGACUGGCUGCAGGUCUAUGCCAGGGCUCCUGUCAAGUACGACCACAUCCUGAAGUGGGAGCUGUUCCAGCUGGCCGACCUGGACACGUACCAGGGGAUGCUGAAGCUGCUGUUCAUGAAGGAGCUGGAGAGGAUCGUGAAGCUGUACGAGGCCUACAGGCAGGCGCUGCUGACGGAGCUGGAGCAGCGGCAGCAGCGGCAGCAGUGGUACGCGCAGCAGCACGGCACCAACUACUGACCCUCCUCCUCCUCCUCCUCCUCCUCCUCCUCCUCCUCACACCCACACACAAACUCUGAAAGGAAAAGUGCUUUUGUUGAAAAGGCAGCUUAUUUUUGUUGACGUUGCACCUUUGUUAUUAUCCUCUUGAAUAUUUUUCUACAUGUAUUAUGUGUUGUUUAUAAAAAAAAAAAAAAGUGGAGAUUGUUUGUUAAUCUUUUUUUUUUUUUCCUGUGCCGGGAGUAGUUUGUUAUCCUGAGAAACCAGCAGUUCCAUCGCUCCCCUGAUCCUGGAUCUCUUUCCUGCCAGUCAGCUGCAGUAUUAAAAGCUGGCUGUGCAUGUUUUUUAAGGGCAAUAGAUGCAACUGUCACGUCCUGGCUUCCAAAUGUUGUCCAAAUCCAGAUGCCUCCUGCAGGGUGUUUCUUUCCCUGGGGAUUUGGGAUCCCUCUCCUGAGAGAGCUCUGCUCUUGGUUUACAGCUUUAAUGUACAGAACACCCCCGGGCCUGUCGAGUCACACCAGGAGCUGAUUUCACCCUUUGGAUCCGAGUUGCCUUAUUUUUUACUUUAGCUCGUUUGUACUCCAGAUUUACUCCUCGUUUUCACACAGAUUACUCUGAGGGGGAACGUUUGUACCUUCCUAAAGACCAAGAUCUCUAAGCAGAGUUGUUUUGAUCCUGCAUUUCCCAAAACCUGACCCGCUCCAGUGGAAAGACAGCAGCACUGUCUGACCCACUGUGCCACCCCACGGGGAAAAUCAGGGAUGUAACAGCAAUUACUGGGGGUUUUUUUAAUGAGCUUUUUGUCUUAAAGCUCCUCACUUGGGGAAAAUUUUUAAUUGUCCAGUUACCCUCUCCAGUAAUUUCAUUUGGUUCAUUAAUUGUCCUGAUGUGUUAUUUAUGGGUUCUUUUCAGUGCAAUAAACACUGCACACAAAAAAGUACAUUUCUUGUAAAUCCUAUUAAUUCAAUAAAAAUCAUUUUGUUCGACGA